UUGAGCUUUCAGGGUCCGCUGGCCUGGAUCUUCUGGGAAGGGGGGCCCUUUCCUUGGCAGCACCUUGCUAGCCCUGCAGGGGCUGCCGCCUGCCCGCGUUCCCUUGCCCUUCCUGCAGCCCCCAGCCCAAGCCGCCCAGCUCCUGCCGCUGCUCCUGCACCCCCCGCCUCAGCCCCCCCACCUCCUGCACCCCCUGGCCCAAGCCCCCUUCCUGCGAGGCCGAGUGCUGCACCGCCUGCCGGACCUCCUGCCCCUGGGGCUCAAGGCCUGACGCCGGGCUCACAUCCCUCUCGCCAUGGGGCUGGUGCUGGCCCCACAGGCCCACCUCCUGGCCCAAGCCGGCCCGCCCCUCCUGCUCCUGGCGGCCCCCCAGGCUCGGGCCUUCCUCCUGCUGGCCUGCCUGGCCCAGACCUUGCUCCUCCAGCAAGCCUGCUCCACGCGGACCCCCAAGCAGCUCCUCCGGCUCCCCCUUCUCCUCCCAGACCUCCCCCAAAGGCGGGUGCUCCUCUUCCACCCCACAGCGCUCCGGCCGCUGGCCAGCCGGCCCCUCCUGCACUCCAGCGCCCCUUGCCAGCCGCCUCUCGCCUGCCCACUGCACCUGCCCCGGUGGCUCCUGGGGGGUCCUCACCCGCCUCUCCGCCACCCCACUCUGCAGCCACUCCUCGCCCUCCUCCUGCUCAGCCCCAAGGCCCCCCAGCCAAGGGCCUCCCCCUGCCCACCCCCCAAGGGGCUCUCCUCUCCCCCUGGCCUGACUCUGCUCCUGAACCCCGCAACGCAGCACUUCCUCCUGCACCCCCGCCCCCAAAGCCUCCUCCUGGACCCCCACCGCCAAGCCCCACGCCUCCUGGACCCCCUGCCCCAGUCCCAGCGCCUCCUGCUGGCAGCAAAGCCCUCGCCUGGCCCGCACCUCCGGCCGCCGGAUGGCUCAAGGGGGAGCCGGCUCACCCCACCGAAUGGUCACCUUGGGACACCUGACCCCUUCUUCUCCAGCCCCACAAACUCCCUCUCCUGCUCUGUCACCUGCGCCCCGAAGUCUCCCCAACCUCCUCCUGUUCCAGCCGCUCUUCCUUUCCCCGACCGGCCCCCCGGGCGCUCCGUCCGGCCCUCCUCUCCACCUUGACGCCUGCAAAGCGCCCUCCUUCCUCCUCCAAGCUCCCCUUCUAAGAGUCCCCCCGCAAAAAAACACCCGCUUUCCUGCUCCCCAAAAAGUACCCCC